CAAUUGUUCAUAUUCAGAAGAUCCAGCGAUUCACGCAGCGAGCAGGAUGGACAAUGCGCUUCCGGCUACGACGGCAUUUUCGACAGUCCAUCUCGUGCUGUUCCCGGCCGCGCGAGAGUACUUUGACUGCGCUCACCGCCGGAGCACUCAGCUCAAGACCCGCGAGGACGUCUUUGCGUACUACAAGUUGAUUGCUACCGGGGCGCGGUGCUAUGAAGCCGUGCUGAAGGAACGCAUACCCCCAUACGUCGAAUGUCUAGCUGCUCUCUGGUACUGCGAGGCGUUGUUUGAGGAAACUAACGGAUUCGACGAAGCCGAGGAAGUGCUCAACAAGGCUAUUGCGCUGGCAGGCAGGAACAACCUCCACGACCUCAAGUUCACAAUGCUUCACCUAUCAGUCCGUAUUCUAGCCUCAACAAAUAUUAAAGCUGCUCAACGACUUCUGACCCAAUGUCUCCGAGAAGCAGAGAGCCUGAGCAGCAAAACCUGGUCCUUCUCAUUCCACUACCUCUCCGCAUCUCUCCACGCAACCGCAAAAGACCACGCCGUCAGCACAGCCGCUCUACGCCCACUCUUCUCCUGCAACUCCAACGAAGUGCGCGCACUUGCCUUCGUCUUCAGCGCAUAUACUUCCCUCCGCACCGGCGGCAUCGCUCAGGCUCGUGACCAACUCAGCCAAGCCCAGCAAUGCGAGACCGAAUACUCAAACGUCUACAUCCCUCAGAUCUCAAUUCUACGCUUAAUUGGCGACAUCCUUGCUUUUUUUCUCGAACACGACUUUGCCGGGUCCGCGAGCAGUCUGCAGACUCUGCAGGAAACACUGGACCGGCUACGACAGGCAGAAAACAUCAAUUGGAGCGAAGACGGCUCGUUCAUGGUUGCUCUACCCAAAGACUCCGACGGUCUGACUUCAAUCCCGCUCAAAUUCAAUUGGUUGUCGUUCCCGCAGAUCUGGAUGCUCUGCCGUCUCUUGACCGGCAUCAAGCUCAUAAACGCACCACCUAACGAGCCAGAUCGCGGCGCGGGGAUGUCGAGUGCGCUUUCGCAGUUGCAAGCCGCAUGCUCUGACAUUGAUCGCGAUGUAUCCGGCGAACAUUUCGCAUACGCGCCUCCUCUCUUGACGAUCCAGCAGGCCGCUGCUCGCUUGGACUUUUACGCAACCGCGAAAUGUUACGCUUUAUUCUACAUCUGUCUCGAAAAGUUCCUGCAUUCGAGAUUCGACGCGCAAGAUUUGAUCCGCCUAGUCGACGCCGCGAAAUCUGUCCCAGGUCAAAAGCUAAACGACAUCUAUCCGCUCAUCCUAUACCUCGCAGGCCUGUACUUCCAACACACCGGAAACCUCACCAGCGCUCACGAAUCGUUCACGCUACUCACCAAUCUCCUUCCGAAAUCAUCCGAACUCUCGCUCCUAGCCUCCAUCAACCUCAUCCUCAUCUACCACGGCGACGCCUACCCGAACCUCGAAAAAGCGCGCUCGCUCACAAACGAGCUAUACCCUCUAAUCUCCGCCUCCUCCAACACCGCCAUCAAGCUCGCCUUCUCCGUCCUCAACGCAACCGAAACCUUCAAAACCAACCCCGCCGAGAUUCCGAACCGCAUCCCCGCGCUCCUCAGCGCUGCCCGCUCGCUCGCAAACACGCAGAUGGCAACAGUGAUCUUCUACCUCGGCGCGCAAUCCUUCCACGAGCAUGAAAAGCGCUCGGAAAUGUCGACCGCGGGGUUCUUCAGCGCGAAAAAAUCCCGAGAUGUGCUUUGGUGCUGGAUCAUGGGCCGGCUCGUCUCUCAGAAUCUGAAGAUCGAGGGGAAAGAGCUGAUUGCUGAACAGCAGGAGGGUACAAACGCUAAAAUUCAAGUUCUGGCUAGUCAGUUGAUAAACACUCUUCCCGUCAACUUCUAGUAUUCCUACUUUUUAUCUCAUACAUAAUAUCUAUCUUUGCAUUGGGGAUUUUCGAAACGGAGUUACUAGGAUUUGCUUACACGAUACAAGCGAUGACCAAAAUAAUAUAUAUUCUAAUCAAACAU